UAAUUUUACAUUUUAAGUUUCAAGUAUUUGUUACGUGUUAUAUAUAGCGUAAUGUUGCUGACAUUUCCACCUAAACAUUAUCUAGAAAUGACAUAAUGGUUACCAGAACAGCAAACAUCUGUUUUGUAAACAUUAUGUAAAAGUUACAAGACAGUGUCUAUUUUUUGCACAAUUAAUUUUGUAUUCGUUUUUGGGAAAAGGAGAUUGGAUUGUUUCACCAAUUGAUAAAUAUUUGUAAAAUCACGUCGUAUUUAUGCAAUGCUGUUGUAAACAAUUCGAAAAACAGUGUAUGUUAACGCAUACCGAAGGCCUUGCCGAGAUUCGGAAGUGUUAACUAUAUUAGUGUAUCCGUAGAUCCGCACAUUAACGCGAAAUACACAAAAGUAAAAGUAUAACCGCCCAUUAUGGAUGAAAUUGAAGGUCUGCAAGUGAGUGAAAGUCCUCGUAGCGCAAUUUGUAUUGCGCAUUCGAGAUCUAUUAAUCCGUAUCACUUAUCGCGCAAAAGAUGAUCGUUAAAAGCACUUCAAUGCGCAUGGUUUAUUAAGCUCACUGCGAAAUCACCCACCGGAAAGACCGGAAGGCCGAGCCGGCUUUAACUUUUAUGCCCCUCCUCCAUUUCCAUGCCCCGCGAAAAAUUCGUGAUCCCAAUGUGACAUUUCGCGAUCGAUACGAUGGACAAUCAAUUGUCAUUCACGGGAUGAGCCGUUUGAGCACGAUUUUUCGAACUUUGCGCGUUGUCGAGUUUGCGCAAUCAGGGUUUUUUACUUUCACUGCCGAUUGCAACAGUGAGCAAUGUCCGUGAACAGUCUCACGUAUAAGCGAGUGGAUUUGUAGAUAAGCGUCAUAUAGGGUAGUCAUACCGCAUGGAACAUCAUCAUCCCUGCCCGCGGAGCCGACGAUUGCCAUGAAGCGGAAUCAGAUAUUGAUCACCGUGCUGACAGCAUUAUUGCUUCACAGUGAAAUAAUGAUAUCAACCGCAGAACCUGCAAUCUAUAGGCUUGUACACAUUCUACAACGGAUCAGGAUGUACCUUGCAGGUGAACCCGUCGUGCACAAGAAAACGGAGUGGGACUUUGAUCCAGAGGUCGGUAAGCUAAGAAGAAUACGGUACGAGCAGGAAAAUGGACGCUUCGGAGAGUACGCAAUAGCGAAAUUAGGAAUGGGCAUUGGAUAUAAAGGCCCAUGGGGAACGCCUGUGGAAAACUGAAACAUCGAAGACUGAAUAAAUAACAGUUUCAACAGUGAAAUUUUUGAACGCGAUAUUAACAUUUCGCUGGUGAAUCGCCG